GGGAGCGGCGGCGGCUCCGCUUUGUAGGCAGCGGGACCGCUCCGCUUCCACUCCGGUUCCGCUCCGCUCCCGCUCCGCUUCCACUCCGCUCCCCCCCCGGCCAUGGCCGCCCCCCGGCCGGCUCACGGCUGCGGCAGCGGCGCGCUGCUGGGGCGCUUCGGUGUGCUGCUGCAGGCACUGCUGGCCCUCUGCGCCUUCAGCACCCUCAUGUUAAAACGAUUUAAGGAACCAAAAGAAGAGAGGCGUCCCUGGAGGAUAUGGUUUUAUGAUACCUCCAAGCAAGCAAUAGGUGCCCUCUUCAUUCACUUUGCCAAUAUUUUUCUGUCUGAUCUCACUGAAGAGGACCCCUGCUCUCUCUAUCUCAUUAAUUUCAUCCUUGAUGCCACGCUGGGGAUGCUGCUGAUCUGGCUGGGCGUGAAGGUUGUCUCCUGGAUCGUGCAGCACCAGAAAUACACGUACCUGGUCUUCGGGGAAUACGGUGACCCUCCACAAGCUGCUGCCUGGAUUGGCCAGUGUAUCCUCUACUUGCUGAUAAUGGUUUUUGAGAAGACUGCGAUCAGCCUUGUUCUGCUUAUCCCUGGUUGGACAAAGCUUCAGCAGAUCCUCCUGAGUUACAUCCCAAAUCCCCAGCUGGAGCUCGUCCUGGUCAUGCUUGUUGUGCCUUUUAUAGUCAAUGCCAUUAUGUUCUGGGUUGUGGACAGCUUGAUCAUGAGGAAAUACUACAAGCAGAAAGACAGCCUGGACAUCAAUGGAUCCAUAGAAACCCCUCGGGCGAGGAGGACUGAGGAAUCUCAGGUGCUGCUCUCUCCAGACAUGGAUUUUGAGCAGUCUGAAAGCGACCAGGACACUUCGGGGCUCCAGGGAAUGAACCAGAAGAUGAAGCAGCCCAGCUAUCAGGUGGUCAUCUGACAGCACCGGGAUGAGGUGGAGGAAGGGGAGCAGCACUGUGAUCCUUGAGCUGGCCAAGGAAGGGCAGGGUGGGGAAUGCAAGUUGAUCCCUGUGGAUCUGUGGAGAUCCGGUUGCCUGCCUCAUGUAGACCCAUCCUUCUGCAGUGGUCUCUUUGGGAUGGUGUCUGUGUAUCUUGUUUGGGCUUGAGCAGAAUCUGCUUUAGCUGCCUGACCUUAACCUCAACACAUGCAGGCAUGUUGAGGUUAGGGGUAUGGAUGUGUACUUCCUCUGGCUGGCCAGCUGGGUAUAACUGUCAGGACUGGAGACUGAAAUCAAAAGGCUGUCUGUUUUUUAAUAGAAAAAGAAUCUGUCCUGUACUGUCUGAACUCUGACACUUUUAUAUUCACAGAUGCUCAAAAGAACUGUUUUGCAAUAUGUAUUUAAAUGUCUUGAAUUGGGAAGACUCUCAGUGGAUCCGAUGCUUUUUUUUACUGUUUUAUAAGGAAUGCAAUAAAUGUUUGACCUAAAACUG